AUGCCGGAGCAGACUGGCAGUGUCUGUGCUGUGGCUGCUGCUAAGCGGAAUCUACAAGCCGCCAUUGGAGCCUACUAUGAUUUUGAGAGUCCAAAUAUCAACGUACCCUCCAUGUCCUUUGUUGAAGAUGUCACCAUAGGUGAAGGAGAGUCCAUCCCUCCUGAUACCCAGUUUACAAAAACAUGGAGGAUACAAAACACAGGGACGGAGGCGUGGCCCCCAGGGGUUUGUCUGAAGUAUGUCGGGGGAGACCAAUUUGGCCACGUAAACAUGGUGAUGGUCAGGUCCCUGGAGCCCCAGGAGAUCGCAGACGUCAGCGUUCAGAUGGUCAGCCCCAGCACAGCAUGAAUGUAUCAGGGACAGUGGCGAAUGUGCACUGCCACAGGACUCUAUUACGGAGAUGUCAUCUGGGUGAUCCUCAGCGUGGAAGUUGGAGGACUUCUAGGUGUAACACAGCAGCUGUCAUCCUUUGAAACAGAGUUCAACACGCAGCCGCAUCGCAAGGUAGAAGGAAACUUUAACCCAUUCGCCUCUCCACAGAAGAACAGGCAACCAGAUGAAAACAACCUAAAAGACCCUGGGGGUUCCGAGCUAGGCACAAUCAGCAAAAACACAUGGGGGCCUGCUCCUGACCAAAUCGAACAAGAUCAGAAUGGACUGUCACAAAACUCUGUAAAUCUCUCCCCCAGCAGUCACUCGAACAACUUGUCGGUAGUGACAUACAGUAAGGGUUUCCACGGUCCUUAUCCCUUCGGACAGUCUUAAAACACAAAAACACAAAACGGGUAUCGACAAGAGGAGAAUUUAACAAAGAACUGACUUUUGGGGGAAGGGAGGGGGAUUCAUGUGGCAGACAGACACAACGUGGACCCCCCCUUCUCUGCCUUCGUGUUCUGGAUAAAGAAGAAAAAACAAAAGCCCAAUAACUUAAGACUAGCUGUUUCCAGAGGAAAAUACAAAAUCUAAGUAUGCAUGUGUGAAUGCUGGAUUUCAGGAGUGUUGUUAAAUGCUAUGAGAAAGAAAAUAUACCAACACCAUGGGGUUGUUUUUUUUUUUUUAAUUUAGAAAUCAUUCUCACACAUAAUUAGGUAGCUUAAAAGAAGUUUAAAAAAUGAAAAUGAAAAAGCCAUCUUUAAAAAAAUAUUUUGCAUACAGAGCGGUUGUAGUUUGAGCAAAUGUUUAAUUUCUGUUUGUUUCUUGUUCAUAUUUUUUUUUAAAUAAGGGACAGCGUGCAUUUUUACGGAACUGUCAUGUUUUGCUUGCUACCGAAUGGGAAUUUGCUUAGCAUCUUCUG